AUGACACAGGAGACUGUCCCUCCGACUAUUCUAUCGUCGCUACACCAAUUCCCCGAUGCCUUCGCCACAGAUGGCCUGCAUCCAUUCUCCGCGUCAUAUGAGACCAACUUGACCGCAAUUCGCACACUUCUUGGGACCACGAAUGAUAUUCUGCGAAGUACGACAUCUCUGGCCAACGUGCCGCUGCAGAACACCAAGAUGGUGUCUAUACUUCGGGAACACUCGCGUGGGUUGCAAGCAAAGCAUCUGAUAGCUAAGGGCGUGGGAGAGCUCAUGUCAGUCAUCGACAAGCGACCGCCAGGAGCGUAUGGCGAGGACAUCCCUCUCGAUGAGAACGCGUUGGGCGAUUGGUUCGUCUCGCGCAUCGUCGCGUGGGGCGGCAAGGCCGGCAUGGACACAUUUCCCGAAGACACGGAGAACGGAGAGAAACGCACGAUUGCUUUGGGAGGCAAGGUGCUCGUUCUUGAUGUUGAGCUGGAUAUUCGCCCGAGGAUGAAGGUUUCGGCCGUACGGGUGUCAUUCGCGGUUCCGAGUGAGAGUGCCCAGACGACGGAGGGAUCAAUAUCGUUAGGCGCCGUCUUCUAUGACGGACUGCAAGCCUUUGCGGACGAGGUGCAAAAGGGAGAGGAGGCGAACCCUAUACAGGCGGCCAAGAUCGGAUUUCGCGUGCAGGAUGGACUGAAGUAUCUCAUGGAGCUGGAUCGACUGGCUACUACGGAGGAUGAUGGUGGGAUCAGGUGGUUCCAGGACAUUGACCGCCUCGGCGUUAUGUUGGAGAGUGUGGCAAAGAUGGAGGCAGACGCUUUGAAACAGCAAGAGGGUCAGCCCUAUGCGUCGCUGGAUAAGCUACUUCAACGCGGGCAUGCCAUAGCUCUACCAUAUCUCGUCUCUCCGACUCUGUCUUUCUUGGUUCAUCUCUCACCGCGAGCUUAUCUGGCGCUCAAGAAGAGCACACCGGUGCCUGCCCCGUCAGCCACUCUCCCCAUCAUCGACGUCUCAAUUCAGCAUCUGCGACAUCACCUAGCCGUACAACCGCAAUUGCCAGGCGUAUGUCUGGCAACACUCGCUGUUGUGCCCGUUUCCUCCUCCCUCCGGACGUCAACUUCGGCGGAACUCCUCCACAGUAGACCGAUUUUCACUUUGUCUCCGGAGGCCAACACCAUGGAUCACACUCUGCCUCUACCCACAACCGCAAACAGUCUGAACCCCGGUCACGUAUGGGUGUUGGACUUCACGAACCGCGGCCUGACACCCGGCGUUGUACUCAGUCAAACGCGAAUGCGUGAGAUCGAAGGAGUCAUUAACCCGUUAGGCGACCUGGGCUCCAUGCAAACUGGCGCAACAUCCCUCUCUUUUGGGACAAGCAGAACGUGGCUGGAUAUGGUUUUGAGUCCAAACCAAACGCACCCCACGCCGGAACGCUAUACCGCUCUCUACACAUCACCAUCUAGUGCUCACCCUCCACUAGAUCUACGUGUCAGCGGAAUGCAGGAGCCAGGGUUCAUGUUGGAACGCGUGCAGGUGUAUAGCAUGAAGGAAGCAUGGGCUAUCAUGGAGAUUGUUCGGGAACAGUGCUGGCUGAAUGAGAGCCUCAGGCUCUGUGAAUGGAAGCCGAACACUCCAGGUGUCGUAACAGCCGUAGAAGAUGAUACUGGACCGGUCAACGCGACGGAGGACGAGCUGGACGCGAUCCUCGCCGGUACGCUCACACCUACAAAGAUACCCGUGACGGUCAUCAUACACACCGGUCCUGCGCCGGCGCCGGACUCGAUCUUUGACGACGCAUCUCUCACUCCACCAACGCGGACAUCACUGCUGUCUAGGUUCCCCGAACGCGCGCCCAUCACGGGCCUCGUAGACCUUGCGGUCUCGUUCAACGCCGACAAACCGCGCGGCGUGGAGGUAGAGCUUCGCGGUGCACUGGGCGCAAACCUGAAUGGCGAUACGAUGGAGGAGAUUGUGAGACGGGGAGGCUUGUUCGGGCUGCCUGGUAGAGUGUGGCAGGCCGCGGCCUGA